AUGGAGAAGAGAAGAGCUUCAGCAGUGGAGUGGCAUGAUCGAGUCUCGAAAUGGCAUACUGUGUUUGUCAACAAUGUGAGUAAAAGGAUUCACUCUGAAACCCUCAAGGAGACGUUUCAGGCGUAUGGAGUUGUGACUGACGUUUUCAUAGCGUAUAGAAGUAGAAGGAGAGAAACAGUCGGUUCUACCUUUGCUUUUGUUAGGUUCAGAAGUAAAUCUGAAGCAGACACAGCGGUCCGUAGGGCUGAUGGUAGGAUCAUGGAUGGUUUUAAGAUCAGAGUAUUUCAUGAUAACAAGGGAGCAGCAAAGUCAAGAGGGCUGAGGAAGAAAGUAUCCAUUGUCUUCAAUGGAAGAUUAUACUCCAUAAAAAUCUCAACAGAAGUUCAGGAAGAAAUUCGAGUGUUCAUAGAUGGCUCGAUGGCUGGUGGCAGCGCGUGGUGCUCAGAUGCUGAGGAAGCGGGUGAGUUUACAUUGAUCAAAGAAGAAUAUGUUGAUGGAGUUGGUCCCGAGGCAGAAAUGUUAUGGGGCAGCUACGCAUGCUUCGCUCUGUCAGAGGAGUGA